UGCCAAGUUCACUUGUCCUUUUUCACUCUCUCCUCUUCACUUUGCUCAUGACCGAUCAAGCUCAGAUGGAGGAAGAGAUAGUCGGAUUCAGGUUCCACCCAACCGGUUAUGAGCUCGUGAAUCAUCACUUGAAGAGGAAGCUUCAGAAGAUUGACGAGAAUCGUUGCGUGAUUCCCGAUGUUAACGUCUAUGACUACAACCCACCAGAUUUGCAUACUGUCUACAAUGAGAAAUCGUGUAAGAGAUCCACCAGCUCGGACAGCUUUUUCUUCUGUCCUCUCAACAGAUUGAAUCCUAACUCGAACCGUUAUAAGAGGCAAGCCCGAGGCGGGUACUGGAGUGAGACCGGUGAGAAGAAGGACAUUGUGGAAGAGGAAACAGGGAAGACGAUCGGGACCAAGAGAAUCUUGGUCUUUUACAGCGGUAAACAGGGAAACGCCCACGCGACGGAGUGGGCCAUGCACGAAUAUCACCUAAAUGCGGAUGCUGCAGACAGCACCAUCACCGACCCGAUGGCUAUCGCAAUUUGUCAAGUAAAAAGGAAGGCACGAAACAAGAAGGGUAACUUGAAGAAGCAGCAAAGCAAGAAGGGAAACUCAAAGAAGCAACAGAGCAAGAAUGGCAACUCAAAGAAGCAGCAGAGCACGAAGGCUGGUUCUCCUUCCUAUGAGGCCGAUUCAAGCAGCCAUGGGAUUGAAACCCGGGAAACAAAUUUUCAGGAAUUCUCACUGCUUGUGGGGGAAGAAAACAUCCCGGCUCAGCCAGAGAAGGGCUCUCCUCCAAGUGUCGGUGUAUAUUCUCCCAUGCAAUUCCUGAUGGCAGAGCGAUCAGCUAUUGUUAACCAUGGUUUUGACAAUGAAGAUUUCAAGAAGGCUGGUACUCCUUCCUAUGAGACUAAUUCGAUCAGCCCUUCAAUUGAAGCCCAAGAAACAAAUUUUCAGGAAUUCUCACUGCUUAUGGAGGAACUGAACAUCCCGACUCAGCCAGAGAAGGGCUCUCUAGAGCCAUUGCUGAUGGCGGAGCAAUCAGUGAUUGUUAACCAUGGUUUUGAUGACGAACAUGGAUACACAUGUAGCUUGACUUAUGAGCAAAGUAAUUCCAUUAUGCAAAUGGAGAACUUUGGAAGCAAAGAAGCUAGUCCGGAGUCGAAUUUCCUAGGACAACCUGCUGUGGAAUCACAAACCCCUCAGACAAAAUCGCCGAUCGUUGAAGGGCCAGAAUAUACAGCAGGGGGAACGUGCUAUAAAGAAAGCUACGCUGCAUUUAGCAAUGACUAUGAAAAUGGUAUAUGGAUCUCGGACUUGGAUUUCUGGAGAGAUGACGAGUUGGUUCAGAAACAGAUUCAUGGCGUGCUUUAUUAACGAUAGCCCAAAGAGCUGAUGCUCAAGAAAGUGUGAUUAGAGUUAGCUAUGUGAUUUGGAGAUCUGUUUGUUUUAUCGCAUUAUCUGUUGUGUUGUCUAAUUUUAGUGUGGUGAUGUGUGAUGUUAUCAACUUUUUUCCGGUAAUAAGGCGAGGGUGUGUGCCGCUAUGUUAAACUCUUUCUCAAUAUAAUGAACUUCUGUUGUUGACCUAA